GCGUUCCGAUUAAACGAAAGUGAAAACUCAGGAGUCAAAAUCUCCUAACGCUUCCGACUUGAACUUGAAUAUCUGGAGGGUCUUACGAGGGUUACGACGCUUUGCCUGAAUAUAGGAGUAUAACAUAGAUGAACUAACAUGGGUGUAUUUCUAAAACUAUUUAUUUGCAUGUAUUUGUUUGGAGUGAUCUGUUCUGAGGAGCAGGUCCCGUGGCUCGCUUGUACAUUCAUCGAUGAACGCGUGUUCCUUAACAAUGAGGGUCAACGCGAGACGGAGCUCCACCCCAGAGACGCUCUUCUGCAGUUCGGUCCAGCUGGCGGUCCACCUGUCAACCCCCACACAAUCACCUUCUUGAUUACUGCCUCCAGGGUGGACCUGCGCUCCUACAUAGUGGGGGGCAGUCCAGAACACCUCGAGUGUGAGAUCCGCAGGUACAGCAUGAGGGGGAUCCAGGGGCUCUGGCCCAGCAAGGGGGCCAUGCCUUAUGACCUCUGGUUCACCUGUACCGUCAAACAUCCAGAGGACUCCUUCACCUUCACCGGCUACCUCAGACACACACCAAGCCAGCCCCCCUCAUCAAUGGACGAUUUUGACAGCUUUCCUCCUAUUGGGGACAGAGAGUUGAUCACAGCCUCAGCCUCCAUGGUGCUGCACACACGCUCCGUAGUGUUGAAGGUGGCGCUGCGGUCCCAGCAGAAGCUCCAAUGUCGGUUCUCCGUGGACCACAAGGGGCCCAAGUUCAAAGUGGGGUGGCGCGCGCAGAUCAAAGGAGAUUGGGUGGAGCUGUACAGCCACGACAGCCACUCAGGAGUGACCCGGGGGUCGGGGGUCAAUCAAAAGGGGCUGUUGUCCACAGGUGACGCCACCCUGUCCAUCCCCUUCGUCAAGAUCUCCAGCGAGGGGAAGUACGUCUGCUCCGUGUCCGUGGGGCAGCUAGACGCCAGCCUCGACCUGGCACUGCAUGUCUACGAACCCCCCAGCGUGUCUCUAAACGUGGGCCCUGAGCUGGCCCUGCAAGCCGGCGCGGAGCAGAAGGUGGUGUGUGAGGCGGAGGGCUACUACCCUCUAGACGUGGAGAUGGAAUGGUACCAGGAGCCCCCCGGGGAGCCGAAAGACUACAGGGCCGGGGCCCCACUGCCCACCAAGCUCAACAACGUCCUGCUCUCCAGCCAUCGGCACAACCGCGAGGGCACCUACGCUCUCUCAGCCUUCUUCUACUACCGGGCGGCACUCCUGGACACAGGGCGGCGCUUCACCUGCAGGGUGAUGCACCGCUCCCUCAGGACCCCUGUCCGCAUAGGCUUCACCCUGCUGGUCCACGAGCCAACCAGUUGGAGUUUCUACCUGGCAGUGGUCUCAACGUUGGUCAUAUUUCUGAUCAUAUUCAGAAUGCUACACUACUUGUACACAGCCCGUCAAGAGUCGAGGAAGAGCAAACCCUAUUAACUGUUUCUACAUAGGUCCCCUGCGUGUGGAUCCCUGGCUGAGAGGGGUCCUCUUGGGCUGGGGGGUAGGGAUUGGGAUGGGGUCAGGGGUGGUAGAUAAGAGAACACUCUCUCGGGUACAAUUCAACUUUAUUUGGAUCAAUACUUCACAGGGGUUUGAUGAUUGUUUGUUCUCCAUGAACACAUAAGCUUACUUUGUGUAUGUGUGUUAUUUGGGGGGUUGGUAGAUGUCAGAGAGAGACAAUGGUGUGACUGUAGGAAGUUUUCUCAAUAAGAAGUUGACAAAAAGGUGUAUUUUACCUGAUAGGGAGAUGUUAUGUUCAUUCUGAAAAUGAUAAUGAAUUUGAUAUAUUUAUUAUUUUUGGAUUGUCAUUAUGACUAUAAUUUGUACAAUUUAUGUUUGAAAAUGUGUUUCAAUCACAUGCUUGAUAAACCAAAAGCAAUCCUCUAAUGAUGGAUCUAUUCGGCAACAAAGAUUAAGGCUGCAUCCGAAUACUCGUACUUGCAUACUAUAUAGUAUGCAUUUUGUAGUAUGCGAAAAAUCUAGCGCGUCCGAAUACUCCGUAUGCAUUCUGUAGUACGGAAGUCGUUUCCGAAUGCAUACUAC